UCCAAUCAUCUUCCAAGCUCCUAACAAUGGCUACUAGGCUUCAAUUUGAAAAAUCAUCUGAAAUUGGAGUUUUUUCAAAGCUAACUAAUGCAUAUUGUUUGUUACCUACUGGCGGAUCUGAAAACUUCUACAACACAUUUGAAUCUGAGCUAUCACACAUUAUUCCAGUAAUCAAAACCUCAAUCGGAGGAACGAGGAUAAUCGGAAGACUCUGCGCCGGAAACAAAAACGGUCUUCUCCUACCUCACACUACUACAGAUGAAGAAUUUCAUCACUUGAGAAACAGUCUACCGGACGGAGUUGUCGUUCGUCGCAUUGAUGAGCGAUUAUCUGCCCUAGGAAAUUGCAUAGCGUGUAACGAUAAUGUUGCUAUGAUGCAUACGGAUCUCGAUGAUGAAACUGAAGAGAUGAUUGGUGAUAUACUUGGUGUCGAAGUUUUCAGGCAAACAAUAGCAGGGAAUACUCUUGUUGGUAGCUAUUGUGCUAUUUCAAACGCGGGAUGCUUAGUACAUCCUCAUACAUCUGUUGAAGACUUGUAUGAGCUUUCAACUCUUCUCGAGGUUCCGUUCAUUGCAGGAACAGUGAAUCGCGGUAGUGAAGCGAUUGCUGCUGGAUUGAUUGUUAAUGACUGGACUGGAUUUACUGGAUCAAACACUACUGCAACAGAGGUGUCUGUUAUUGAACGUGUUUUCAAGCUUAGAGAAGCUCAACCUACUGCUAUUGUUGAUGAGAUGAGGAAAUCAUUGAUUGAUACUGAUCGUUAG